CAUCUUAACAAUACAAGAGUUCGCUGUUCAACAAUUUCGACCGAUUAAUUUAGUUUAUUAUCUGCGCAAUCCUUUUAUUAUUUUUCUACAUGCAAUCCCUUGCUUGUGAUUUCAGAAAAUUGUAAUUCGCUUCUCUUUUAUUACGGUUUCGCCGUGUACCAUAAAGUUUCGUUCGUGCAGUCUUGAUGUUCUAAAAGUGAGCUCCCUGUUCUGUGAACCCUUCUGUGAUCCAUUGUGUGGAUAUCUAGGCAAUAUUUUUACAGGUGCAGUAGUCAUGUCUUAGCAUUCAGCUUGUUGCGUGUUCAGACACUCUUUAAUGUUCCCAUAUUGGCAAGUUCUUCCUAGCGCUUCUAUUCUAAUAUUGGAGGAGAUAUGCCGGCAGUACCAAGACCUGGUAGCCUGAAAGAUCCAGAAAUAGCAGACCUUUUUGACAAGGAGGAUCCAGAGAAAAUAUUUGAAGAUCUUAGAGAGAUCGGCCAUGGAAGUUUUGGUGCUGUUUAUUAUGCAAGGUGUCUCCUCACCAGAGAGGUUGUCGCUAUCAAGAAGAUGUCUUACCUCGGGAAGCAGAGCGUGGAAAAAUGGCAAGAUAUCCUGAAGGAAAUAAGAUUUCUGCGCCAACUCAGCCACCCAAAUACGAUCGAAUACAAAGGCUGCUUUCUUCGUGAUCACACAGCAUGGCUGGUGAUGGAAUAUUGUUUGGGCUCAGCUAGUGAUAUCAUAGAAGUGCACAAGAGACCUCUUAAAGAAGAAGAAAUCGCGGCGAUUUGCGAAGGUGUUUUACGUGGUCUUCACUAUCUCCACUCGCUUGGCAGGAUACAUCGGGAUAUCAAGGCUGGGAAUAUUCUACUAACUGAAAAUGGAACCGUCAAAUUAGCUGAUUUUGGUUCUGCCAGCAUUAAAUGUCCCGCCAACAGCUUUGUAGGAACACCAUACUGGAUGGCUCCUGAAGUCAUCUUAGCAAUGGAUGAAGGGCAGUACGAUGGGAAGGUGGAUGUAUGGUCUCUGGGAAUCACAUGCAUUGAACUUGCUGAAAGGAAACCACCGUACUUCAACAUGAACGCUAUGUCGGCACUGUAUCAUAUUGCCCAAAACGAUACACCUGUUUUGCAAUCACCAGAUUGGUCCGACACUUUUCGGCACUUUGUCGAUUCGUGUCUUCAAAAAGACCCCUUUGAAAGACCCACCUCUGGCAAACUAUUAUCGCACCAAUAUGUAACCAGGCAAAGAUCGCCGCACGUUCUAGUUGAUUUAAUUCAUCGCACCAAAGCCGCAGUACGGGAUUUAGAUAAUCUUAACUAUAGAAAAAUGAAGAAGAUUUUGAUGGUAGACAAUUGUGAGACUGAGAGUAAUGUUGGAGAUCCAGAUGAUACACCAGACGAACAAACUGGAGGCGACAGUAGUAAAAGUAAUUCAAUUACAUCGGAACACUCGAUACAUUCAAUGGGUGUCAGCGGCUCAUCGCAGAGCAGUUCUACGAAUAGUUUACCCCCUGCUGCUAAUGCAAAUCACACAGGCGAUAACCUCAAUUACGAUUUGUCCUCUAUUCGUCUCAGAAAUAAGGCCUCAAAUGCAGCAGCACUGGCUGAACAUGGUGUACCUAACAAUUUUGCAACCAUUAGAACAACAUCUAUUGUCACCAAACAACAAAAAGAGCACAUGCAAGAGGAGAUGCAUGAACAGAUGACCGGAUACAAGCGUAUGAGACGAGAACAUCAAGCAGCUUUAAUCAAGUUGGAAGAGCGGUGCAAGAUAGAAAUGGAAAGUCAUAAGCAGCAGCUAGAUAAGGAGUAUGAAAUGUUACUCCAACAAUUUAGUAGAGAAUUAGAAAAGCUUCAAAUUAAACAUCAACAAGAACUAGAUAGACGGCUGAAACAAAACAUAGCAGCGGAGAAGAAACUGCAGAAAGAAAUCUCUGCUCGGCAAGAAUGUGAUAGGAAGGCUUUCGAUGCACAGAAGAAGAAAGAAUACAAAGCGAACAAAGAAAGGUGGAAACGUGAGUUGAGCUUAGAUGAGGCGACCCCAAAGCGCGAACGUGAUGCAACGUUACAAAGUCAUAAAGAUAGUCUAAAACAAUUAGAAGCUCAAGAGGAACAACGGCUACUGAGAGGCCAGAAGGAUUACCUUGAGUUAGAAUUGAGAAAGCUUGGCCGGAAAAAAUUAACAAGUUACCACAACCUCGAGCAAGAACUACUUAGAGAAGAAUUAAAUAAAGGUCAGCAACAGUUAGAGCAAGCUCAUGCAAUGUUGCUGCGUCACCAUGAAAAAACGCAGGAGCUGGAGUAUCGGCAGCAGAAAAAUGUGCACGCCCUCCGAGAGGAGCAGGUCUUGCGUCAACAUCAAACUGAACUUCAGAACCAGCAAGACUACAUGCAGCGCGCUGAAAGAGAACUCCGGAAGAAACACGCACUUGAGUUGAAACAGCAGCCCAAGAGCUUGAAACAAAAAGAAAUGCAGAUCCGCAAGCAGUUUAGAGAAACCUGUAAAAUUCAGAAUUCCCAAUACAAAGCACUAAAAGCUCAAAUUCUAGCUACAACAGCCAAAGACGAACAAAAAGCUGUCAUCAAAAAGUUAAAGGAUGAACAGCGGAGGAAGUUGGCACUGCUCGGAGAUCAGUAUGAGCAGAGUAUUGCUGAGAUGCUCCAGAAACAAUCCAUAAGACUGGAUGAGUCACAAGAGUUGGAGUGUCAUCAUCUGAAAGAACGGCUUCACUACGAACUAGAAAUUUUGAUGGCCUACCAGAGCAAGAACAAAAUGCAGGCAGAAGCACAGAGGAACCGUGAGAGGAAAGAAUUGGAGGACAGAGUCUCUGUGAGGAGGGCGCUCCUUGAGCAAAAGAUGGAAAUGGAAACACAACAGUUUCUGCAAGAUAGGCAAGAAAGAAUCCAAGCCUUGCAUGAAAAACAAGAGAGAGAAUUGGAACAUUUUGAUGAGGAGUCUGCUCGUUUGGGAUUCAGUGCAUUAGCAAUAGCGGAAGCAUCCAAAGAAAGCUAUCAAGAUGAGGAUAGCGUCUGUGGUAGCAUGUUAAGUCUAGCACAUAGCAAUAGUUCUACAUCAUUCCCGGAACAAAGCCUUUAGUUGUGAGUUUUGGGUCUUAUAUAAUCUCGGAAGAUCAGUUGUACAUUUACUUUUAAGCAUAGGAUUGUCUUUGUAUAAAACCCUAGAAAAAAAUGACUGACUUUUUAACUUAACUAGGCUUUUAAAUUGAAGAAACUUAAGGCAACUUAAGACCUAAAACUCAUUUUAACAAUUGUAUAGUUUCGCUUUCACUUGGAUGCUGCAUAUAUUUGUAUAAACUUUGUUUUAACAUCAUGACUGGACAGCUAUUCAUCAGCUUGAGAAACCUUCCUAGUCAAAAAAUAUAGGAGCAAACAUAAGUUGUUUCUUAUUCUUUUGUAUUGUCAUAGGAGUGAAGUUUGUUACACAUUUUUUUGUUUAUUCAUUAUACCUUGUUCAAAUAUUCCAAAGUAUUUGUUUUAAGUUGAUUUUUCCUCUUUUUUUCUCUUCUGACACUGCUGCCUCAGAAGUUGUGAAUGGGCGAGUUUCCUUUUAGCUUCCUCUAUUGAGGCUCAUUUUCUUGCAGGUUCAAAUUUGGCGGUCCCCUUCAACCAGAAGUUUGCAGAAUUAAUAGGGUGCCUUUGUAAUCGAUUUCUGCAUUUUAGAAAUCAUGACUGUCAUGAAGUGUAUGCAAAUUUUUUUCAAAACCUCAUUUUUUUGCGGGAAAAGUAUAUUCUCAAUCGCGAUUUGUAGAAGAGUUCAUAAGUUAGAAAGAAAUGUCAAAAGUUACCUUUGGGCAAUAAUUGCCAUCAGAUUUUUGACCAGAUUCACAAAGGUUCAAUUCAGCAACCAAGUCACUCAGAUAAUUUGCAUUGAUCAGGUUUAGGAGAAGUUUAUUUCGUUUCUCAUCGCCUAAAAACUUAAAUUAUGAAUGCUUGUGGGAGAAGUAACAAAGGUGUUCUUCAACUAAUUAAUUAUAUUAAAGAGUCUUUAUCAAAGAAAAUAGCCCAAGAAACUCUGAAUGAUUCAAAAUUAGAAUUUCGCUGCUUUCUAUCUAAACCUUGAAGUUUUAACUAUCACGUAAUUUUAAUCAUUCGAACCCUACCUAUUUUUCAUGUAUGCUUCUUCAUCGUGUGAGAGUACGUUUGGGCGUGCAACUUAAAAUCCUAACCUGAUGACACAAUUGUGUAUUUUGUCUAAUUCAAAAGCCUGAUCAACAAUCCCAGGAUAAUCAUCUUAGCCUGCUUGUAAACUUUUUGCUUAAAACUACCUAUUCAAAAGUGAAGCAGGUUCUUAUCUGUUAACCUGUGCUUUUUUAAAAAAACAGAAAAGCCAUUUCAGGAUCUUUUCAAAGUCCUUAGACCAAAUGGAGGUCAGUAAAGACUAAUAUAUUUAACUCUCGAGCUUUUCCUAUUCAUUUAAGUAAAGUUUUAUGAGUGGACAUUCAUAUAUCAACCUUUGUGAUGUGCCUAAAUUUAACUCGGUGCAUUUUUUCUUUUUCAAAGAAGAAUGAAGGAAAUAGUUGUGAUUUUAUUACAUUGAAAAUUUAGCUGUGUGUCCUGAAAUGAAUCUGACCUGUGUGUUAACUAUGUAAACUCUCUCAGUUGCUAUUAUCACCCAUAUUUUAAACUCAUUCAUGUUGCUCUCGAAGUGUUUUUUUUUUAAAAUUUUCUUCUAUAAUCUCUCAUUGCCUUGCUUUUUACGUUAAAAAUAAUCAUGUGAACAUUUUCUAAAAUUAAAUAUUAUCUAAAUGAUGUAAUGAACGGUGAAUUUCGGCAAAAUUUCUUAGAUAGCGCUAAUUUAUUUAGCAUAAUCCAUUUUUCUUGUAUUUAGUUGUUGCAAAGUUUCCCAGUAAGUAUUCAAUAAAAUUUUUAUUUUAACAGCCGAUCUGUCCUAUGUAUCAAAUUAUGCAAAAUCAAUAAUUUUUUGUUUUUCAUAUCAUCCAACUUCUAUUUUUUCACCUUAAAGCACACAAUUAUCAAGCAGGAGUUUUCUUCCUCUCUGCAAGAACAAAUGCUGAUUCGUGCUUCCCUUUAUGCUUAUGAUUUUAAGCAUCCUUUUCUGAAGUAAACAUUUUUAAUUCCAGUCCUAGUGCAAUGUUACUUUUUUAUUUGCUGGUAACAAUCAUUUGUCAAAGGUAUAUCAACCUUCUCACAUGUAUGAACAUUAUAAAAGAGCCAAUUCUAUCUGCUUCAGUUGGUUUUUACAUCAGCAAAGGGAAAAAAUUUAACCUCAAAAUUUAAUGUGAUGAAAGAAAAACAAACUGGAUGAGAUGCAUCAGAAAUGCAUGUCAAGAGUAACAGAGAUGAGAACACGGUUUUGUUUUUUCAAAUGGGUAAUGGACUGAUUCUCUAAUACCUCUCGUUAUUUUUUAUUUGCUGCCUCCAGUGAUUUUAAGGUAAUCGAAAUUUUUAUCACUCUUAAGGUCUGUUCUACAUUGCAUUGUGGGCGGAUAUAAGUCUGAUAACAGUCUGGUAUUUUUGUGUGAGAGCAGCAGCUGACACUUAUCUGUUUGGAUGAAUAUGAACAAUCGUCGACCAUUCAAACACAUUCUUUUUUUUAAAAAAAAUUGUGGUGUGUAGAAUAGUGUUUGCAGUGCAGAUCCUUAAAGUUUCUCCUAAUAUACACAUUUACACUCAUACUGCAAAAAGCAAUAAUAAGCAAGAUUUCUUUGGUUACUCAUUCAACACAUUUUCUCCAGAUUGUUAAAAAUUAUUGUUCGAUUGCUGUCCUUUUUAUCUGUGUCUCUUAAUUUAUUAGCAUACUGAGACUACGAAUUAUGGAUACCAAUUUUAACUCUUGUAUUAUGUAAGUUCAAAAUUGUAUUUGUAGCAUGCACAUACAUAUAUAUACCACAAAUCUAUUCUAAUGUGUUAAGGAAGAACGCUGCAUGAGCUUUGGGACAUUGCCAUAUUUCCUUCGAUAAAAAUGUCAUUUUUUGGAGAAACUUACGAAUACUUUUUUCCUAUUUUGCACGGAAUUUCAUUCCCAAUUUAAUCAAAAUUUUCCAAAAAUUUCAAGGAAAAUAUCUGUGACUUCCCUAAAAAAUAAAUUUCUUAUUAGGGGAAAUUAGGCAGCAUUAAUAUGUUCAUACAGUGUUUUUCCAUAGCACAGAAGUAUCUACCCUGGCACCCAUUGAUGAGCAGGAUUAAGUAUAACUGACUCUGUGGGUUUUUUUUGAAACCCGAAACAUUAUGAAAUUUUUCCAGGGAAAAAAUAACAGAAAAAGUUUUGAAUUAAGUACUCUUCAUCCCUGCUCAUAAUUUGAAAACAAAAGAAAAAAUCAUGUCCAAACCAGACUGAAGGAUAGAAAUGUAUUAUUUCUCUUUGAUAGUCCAUUUUAUUAAUGAUCAUAAAAUAUGGCCCAUUGCAAAAGAUCAUAUCAUUACCAUGUAAUUAUAUGAAGGCUGUUCCAGGCAUUCCUUCAUGUUUUUUUUCUCUUUGCUUUUUACUGCUCAGUUUAAGGAAGUCCCAGAUUAGACAUCCACAAUUUAAAAGCUUUCGUAGUUUUAAUCAGCCACUAAAAUUAGAAAAGCAGAAAUCAUCAGCGGUGAGAAUGAAGUUUUCCCUCUUUACAACUCUGAUUUAAAUGCAUAUUCACUCAUCUACUUUGAGCCAGUAGUAGACAUUAUAGAAUAAGGGUCGGUACUACGUGAGUUUUUGGACUUACAGGAGUUAUCAGAACUGCAUUCUAAUGAUAUGUUCUUUCCAAGAGUGAUCUGCAUAUUCAAGUAUCAUUGCAGUUGUAGUAUUGAUAGCUCCGAAAGUAGUCUACGAGAGUCUUGGUUUUUGUGUGGCCUGCAAGAAUUGCCCAUCAGACGAUCACUACAAAUAUAAUCAUACUUAUUAGGAGGAGUUGAGAAAGAAAACUUGAGCUCUCAAGAUUAAUAACGCACUCAGAAUAUAAAAGCUUUCAAAUAUUAGUAUUUAACCGGGAGGUAUUAGUCUUUUACAUCAGCAACAGCCCUAUGUACCUUCAUUAGUGUUCUAAUUUAACGGAGCCCCAUGCACCAAAUUAGCCAAAAAGUAUGACUUGCCCAAAGUAAGGGGUGCUGCUCUAAAUAGGGGCACCUAAAACAUUUUUGGAGACAAUUCCUGCUCAUUACAACAUUUCCGGUAUCAUCAUCACACAUUUUUCAUCUGAAAAAGUGGCCAAAUAGAUGGUGAAACUCCCAAAUCAUGCAUCUCGAUUUACAACGUUGCAGACUUCCUAUCAUACCUUAUCUUUUAAAUAGAAAACUGCUCAACGUCAGUUCUCAUACACUUCCAUGUUUUUCCUCUCUAUGUGAAGCAAAGUCCAAGAAAAUUCAAAGGAAUGAUAUUGAUUUGUUCUCCUUUUAAAAAAAUGAAACAGGAGCAGAGAUUUUUAGACACUGCAAACGAGAUAAUUUGUUUGGGAGUUCUACCGUCGAAAUAAUGUUUAAAAUUCUUAAGCAUCGACACACUGAUCUUCAUCAGGGCAAUCAAACGAGCUUAUAGAAAUACUCCCAAUCGCUGCGGAAUUGCUUGAAUUUUAGUAGAUUUUUUUGCUUAUUCCUAAUUUUUUAAGUAACCUCUCUUUUCUGAGGUAUUGCAAAUUGCGUUGUCCUGAAAGUUUUUCGGUUAGGAUUUCUACAUAUUGCCUGGACUCACUUCAUUUCACAAUUACUAAUUAUCACAGGAAUUAGUAUGUUUUUGCUUUCAGCUAUUUUGUAAAAAAAAGUUGUCCCUUUUUUGGUGUGAGUUAAGCUUCUAAUUGUCGAUCAGACUUUUUUUUUAGUGAACCCUCCUACCACCUACUUACAAUUAGUUGAGAUGAUUUUCUCCUCCUGCAACGUCAGCCUGAAUACAGAUCAAGCUACUGUUUCAAAAGAGUUUCAUAAUAGUCUAAACACAUUCUAUUAAUGGACCACCAGACAACGUGCCAAUUUAAAUAUUUGCUAUUAUGUUUUUAAUCAAAAUUUCAUUUAGACCACGAUUUUUGCAACAAAAAUGAUGAAAGUAACCCCAAACUAAGACAUAGACGUUUUUUCAGGCCCAAAUGAAAACUUCCAGUCCACAAGAAAACUAAAGUCUACUAGAGUUUAAUCGCACACUGAACGUCACUGCAACAGUUUGUGUGGUAUGAAUAAGUAUCAACCUUCAUCCCAGCACUUCAGCUCAGCUGUUGCAUAUUGUGUACACUAUGAGUAACACUGAGUGGUGCUAAAACUGUUGUAGUGUGCGAUUUGAUUCAUGUAGACUCUGGUUCUUCUUGCAAGCGAAAACUUCAAAUAUUUCAUAUUCAGUGUCUAAUAAAAAUGCUGAUAUUUUGGUCAGGAGUCAAUUUCAGUCAUUUUCGUAUGUUCUACGUGAAAUUUUCAUGAAAAAACAUAUACUAAUGCUUAAAUUUGUACCUUGGUUAGAAUCCAUUGAUGAAAUGACAAUAUUAAGCAUUCUUAUUUAGUAAUAAUUAUGUCUUCCUCUGGAGCCAUGUGUUGGAAGGCAGAAAAUUCAAUGCAAGUGGAUUUUAGUCAAAGUGGAAGUUAUUGAUUUCACUUCUGCUUUGCUAGUGAUGAUUGGAGAUGAUGCCACGACAGAAAUCGAUCAAUUUGCAUAAAUUUUCACAUAUUUUUUUAAUUCGUUUUUCACAUCUACAGCUGUAGAGAUAAGCUAUGCAAACAAUGGCUGAGAAACAACUCGUGAUCUUUGUCAUGAAUAUUUUUAACUGCUAAAUUAUUAUUACUGCUCUUGAGAUUGUUGUCACUUAUUUUCAUUUUGUUAGAUUUUGUAUCAUAAAUAUUUAAUGUCUAUUUUUAUUUAUUAUUAUUUUUAUCGGCAUCUUAUUUUUUCCUUCAAGUGUAUAAAAAUUUUAAUUUCAUCAAAAGUUUUAGGUAGCAUUCUAAACCGAACCCAGUUUACACUUAGUACAUGUGUAAUUUAAUAUCUAUCUUAAACCGUAUGAAUUAUUAAAUUUUUUACUAGCUCCCUUUUUCAAAAGUA